AUGGACGGCGUGCUCCGGUGUCUGGCCGUGACUGCCCUUCCUCUGAUUGGCUGCGUCCGUCCUGAGAAAAGGGUGGGGUCCUUUGGGUGCUGUGGCGAGGGCGGGGUGGGGUCCUUAGGGUGCUGUGUGGAGCAGGGUGGGGUCCUUUGGGUGCUGUGGCGAGGGCGGGGUGGGGUCCUUUGGGUGCUGUGGCGAGGGCGGGGUGGGGUCCUUAGGGUGCUGUGGCGAGGGCGGGGUGGGGUCCGGGUGAGGUCCUCAGGGUGCUGUGUGGAGCAGGGUGGGGUCCUUAGGGUGCUGUGGCGGGGCUGGGGUGCUGUGGCGAGCAGGGUGGGGUCCUUUGGGUGCUGUGGCGAGGGCGGGGUGAGGUCCUCAGGGUGCUGUGUGGAGCAGGGUGGGGUCCUUAGGGUGCUGUGGCGAGGGCGGGGUGGGGUCCUUUGGGUGCUGUGGCGAGGGCGGGGUGGGGUCCUUAGGGUUCUGUGGCGAGGGCGGGGUGGGGUCCUUAGGGUGCUGUGGCGAGGGCGGGGUGGGGUCCUUAGGGUGCUGUGGCGAGGGCGGGUGAGGUCCUCAGGGUGCUGUGUGGAGCAGGGUGGGGUCCUUAGGGUGCUGUGGCGAGGGCGGGGUGGGGUCCUUAGGGUGCUGUGGCGAGGGCGGGGUAGGGUCCUUAGGGUGCUGUGGCGGGGCGGGGUGGGGUCCUUAGGGUGCUGUGGCGAGGGCGGGGUGGGGUCCUUAGGGUGCUGUGGCGAGGGCGGGGUGCUGUGGCGAGGGCGGGGUAGGGUCCUUAGGGUGCUGUGGCGAGGGCGGGGUGGGGUCCUUAGGGUGCUGUGGCGAGGGCGGGGUGGGGUCCUUAGGGUGCUGUGGCGAGGGCGGGUGAGGUCCUUAGGGUGCUGUGGCGAGGGCGGGGUGGGGUCCUCAGGGUGCUGUGUGGAGCAGGGUGGGGUCCUUAGGGUGCUGUGGCGGGGCUGGGGUGCUGUGGCGAGCAGGGUGGGGUCCUUUGGGUGCUGUGGCGAGGGCGGGGUGAGGUCCUUAGGGUGCUGUGUGGAGCAGGGUGGGGUCCUUAGGGUGCUGUGGCGAGGGCGGGGUGGGGUCCUUUGGGUGCUGUGGCGAGGGCGGGGUGGGGUCCUUAGGGUUCUGUGGCGAGGGCGGGGUGGGGUCCUUAGGGUGCUGUGGCGAGGGCGGGGUGGGGUCCUUAGGGUGCUGUGGCGAGGGCGGGUGAGGUCCUCAGGGUGCUGUGUGGAGCAGGGUGGGGUCCUUAGGGUGCUGUGGCGAGGGCGGGUGGGGUCCUUAGGGUGCUGUGGCGAGGGCGGGGGUGCUGUGGCGAGGGCGGGGUGGGUCCUUAGGGUGCUGUGGCGAGGGCGGGGGGUCCUUAGGGUGCGUGCGCUGGGUGUCCUGUGCUGUGUGGAGCAGGGUGGGGUCCUUAGGGUGCUGUGGCGAGGGCGGGGUGGGGUCCUUAGGGUGCUGUGGCGAGGGCGGGGUGGGGUCCUUAGGGUGCUGUGGCGGGGCGGGGGUGCUGUGUGGAGCAGGGUGGGGUCCUUAGGGUGCUGUGGCGAGGGCGGGGUGGGGUCCUUAGGGUGCUGUGGCGAGGGCGGGGUGGGGUCCUUAGGGUGCUGUGGCGAGGGCGGGGUGGGGUCCUUAGGGUGCUGUGGCGAGGGCGGGGUGGGGUCCUUAGGGUGCUGUGGCAGGGCGGGUGAGGUCCUCAGGGUGCUGUGUGGAGCAGGGUGGGGUCCUUAG